CAGUCCACUCUUUAUAAUUAUCCUACCUUCCUGACACCCGUAUAUCUCCAACAAAAGCCUCUCGUGGUUUCCUUGAACCAAUACCUUAAACAGAAGUCCAAUAAUGCCUCCUGUACACUCCAGCCCGUUUUACCGAAUGGAGAAUCCGGCAAUACUGUCUUUCCUCCGGCAUAGUGCUCCGGGUCCGGGUGGUGAGAAACGCACAAAGUCCACCGGCGGGCUCCUAAAAAUGUUCAAGCUCUUCCCCAUGUUGACCUCAGGGUGCAAGAUGGUGGCACUUCUGGGAAGACCCAGAAAGCCUUUACUCAAGGACAAUGCGACGACGGGGACCAUUUUCGGUUAUCGGAAAGGGAGAGUAAGCCUAGCCAUACAGGAGGACCCUCAUUGCAUGCCGAUCUUUGUCAUAGAGCUACCGAUACACAGCAGUGCUUUUCAUAAGGAAAUGUCGUCGGAUGUAGUCAGAAUCGCGCUAGAGAGUGAAACAAAAUCUCACAAGAAGAAACUGUUGGAGGAGUUUGUCUGGGCGGUUUAUUGUAAUGGGAGAAAGAUAGGUUACUGUAUUAGGAGGAAGCAGAUGUCCGAUGAUGAGCUUUAUGUCAUGCAGCAUUUGCGAGGGGUCUCAAUGGGUGCCGGGGUUCUUCCAUCCCCGUCGGAGAAAGAAACAGCCGAUGGGGAAUUGACGUACAUAAGAGCCAGAUUCGAGAGAGUUGUUGGAUCAAAGGAUUCGGAAUCUUUGUACAUGAUAAAUCCAGAUGGUGCAGCAGGGCCAGAAUUGAGUAUUUUCUUUGUAAGGGCUCAUUAAUUAGAGUAUUAUGUUCCUUUCUGCGUCGGAUUUUCGGCAAUUUGCUGCUCAUUAAUAGCAAUUUCAACAGCAAAUGUGAGAGAAUUUUUAUAAAGUUUACUUACUAGCUCUCAACAAGUAGGCGGACUAUUUGAAACCUUUGGACAAAUAGAGCCGUAAAAUCUCUCUCACCUUUGCAAUUCGCAGCAAAAUUGUUGUCCUUCCUUUCUAUGUUUAUAUAUAUAUUUUAAAGAAAGCUUUUUAAAAGUUACAUAAAAA